AUGACCAGGGGUGCUUGGAUGCGUCGGCAGCAUGAUGAAGGCUUAAAAUACUGGUUUGCACCCCGAGAGAACGAGAAGCCAUUUACCGAGUCGGAGCGGGCCCAGAGAUGGCGACUGUCGCUGGCCUCUCUGCUGUUCAUCACCGUCCUGCUCUCUGAUCACUUGUGGUUCUGCGCCGAGGCGAAACUGACGCGAACCCGAGACAAGCGAUCGGACGAGGGGCUUGAAAUUACGGACAUGGGCGAGUACCCAAACCCCCUCAACCCACACCACAUCCCAACAUCACCUGACCCCCACCGUCUCGCCAGAGAGCAAGAUGUUAUUUUUCUAGGGAAUUCUACCAAGUCUCUAAGGCGAAUGGACGCCUGUCACCCUGACAGCCUGUCCAAAGACUGCUUUACUUUCACGGACGCGGAGACCGUGUGCCUGGGCCUCUCCGGUGGAGGGGAAAAGGGGACACAGUCGGCGUACGUGAAUCUGAGCGAUUUGUACCUUUCUUUUUGUAAUUCCUACUCACUUUUGGAUUUGUUUUACGGGUUUACGAGUCCGGUCGAUUUGAAUUGCACCCUGGAUAUGGCCAUGGGGGUGGAUCUGCUGGGAUGCAGCGAGUGUGUCCGGGCUUAUCAGGAUCUUGACCUGGAGGCGGAGAAGAACUACCGGGAGUUUGAACUGCUGGUUCAGAAAUACGAAACGGAUGCAUACUCGGUUAGGACGUGCAUGGAGGAAUGCAAGAUGGUUUAUAAGCCCUGGCUGUGUUCUCAGUACUUCCAGACCACCCAGAUGCACUGCAGCAAGCGAAUCCCCUGUGGUCAGUACUGCCUGGAGGUGCAGCAGCGGUGCCCCUUCGUCCUGCCUGACAAUGAUGAUCUCAUUCAUGGAGGCAGCCCCAGUUUUAUAUGCACAGGGCUGCUGGAGGACUAUCCAUCAGGUGUGGACCCAGAUGCAGAGUGCUGUGAUGUGCGGUGGGACUUGAAAGUGGACAACCGCUCCCGGGGGACCCUGAAAAGAACUCACCCGCCAUGCCAGCAUCGUACCUCCCUCAGCUCCUCGGCAGCCUGCAGACUGUGUAACAGCCGGCUCAAACUAUGCCUGCUGGUCCUCGUCCUCCUACACACUGUUGCCAGCCUCACUGCAUCCCACAAUGCAACAGGACUGGGCCUCCCCACCAUCACGCCUCUGGAGGAGAGCCCUGCCAAUGAGGAGUGAUAGAGCUGCCAGGAGGAGGUGAGGUUGUUGGGGUGGGGGAUUCCCUCACCAUGGCAACCAAUGUGGAAAAAUACAGCC